AUGGACGACAAAGACUCGAAGAUCUGCGAUUCAGAAAUUGCGACGAAGGAGCAGCAAUCGAAUCCCCAAGAAACUUCAAAGAAGCUUGGCUCAGACACCAGCUCGACGGGCGAGGCAGCGGAGGAGGCUCUAAAAAUAACGCCAGAGUCUAUCAAAAAUGAAGAGCGGGAGUAUAUCACAGGGUUGAAACUUGGAAUGGUACUUGUGGCUGUCACUUUGGUCUGUUUCUUAGUACUGCUCGAUACUUCUAUCAUUGUAAUCGCAAUUCCCGUGAUUACAACCCAAUUUCAUUCUCUGGAGGAUUUGGGAUGGUAUGGCAGCUCAUAUCAAAUUGCUAGCGCUUGCUUGCAACCUCUAGCGGGAAGAAUCUAUACAAACUUCCGCACAAAAUGGGCGUUUUUGUCCUUCUUUUUCGUUUUCGAACUAGGCUCGCUUCUGUGCGGUCUCGCGACAUCUUCGAAAAUGUUGAUCGUUGCUCGCGCAGUAGCAGGACUCGGAUCUGCAGGAUUAAUCAAUGGUUCAUUGACUAUUGUUUCAUCCUCGGUUCCUCUCCAUAAAUCGCCUCCACUGAUUGGAAUAAUGAUGGGAUUUUGUCAACUCGGGGUGGCCCUCGGUCCUAUCUUGGGAGGUGCAUUUACCGAAUAUACAACCUGGAGAUGGUGUUUCUACAUUAAUCUUCCAAUCGGUGCCUUGGUCGCGUUCCUCCUCGUCUUCAUCGAUAUCCCCGAUCAAGCGGCUAAACCCCCAUUCAAGCAAGUUUUCAAUACGAUAACCCACAAGCUCGACCUCACAGGCUUCGUUCUAUUUGCACCAGCCGCGAUCCAACUUCUCCUCGCACUUGAAUAUGGCCAAAGCCAGUACUCAUGGAACAGUGCAACUGUUAUCGGUCUUUUCUGUGGAGCGGGAGGCACCUUCAUCCUCUUCUUGCUCUGGGAAUACCGUCAGGGCGAUCAAGCAAUGAUUCCCCUUUCAAUGGUUGCAAAGAGGAACGUCUGGUCAAGUUGUGGGAUGAUGAUGUCUAUCUUCGUUGUCCUUUUGUGCACUACGUACUAUCUUCCCGUCUACUUCCAGGCCAUUCAGAACAAAUCACCCAUGCUGAGUGGUGUAUACCUCCUCCCGAGUAUCUUGUCACAACUUGCGGUGGCCGUCACAUCUGGAGCUUUGAUCGGGAAAAUGGGGUAUUACCUUCCAUGGGCUGUAAUUUGUGGAAUUCUCAUAUCCAUUGGCGGCGGUCUUCUAUCGACGUUGACCCCGACCACAACCACCGGAAAAUGGGUUGGAUAUCAAAUCCUUGCCGGAGUUGGCCGUGGAGCUGGCUUCCAGACUCCGAUCAUCGCCGUCCAAAAUACACUACCUCCCAGUCAAAUAUCAAUAGCCAUGUCGAUUCUCAUGUUCAUUCAGACCCUUUCCGGCGCCGUCUUCCUCACGUUUGCGGAUGUGAUCUUUUCCACUGGCCUGAAGUCCCUGAUACCGAAGUACGCACCCGAUGUUAGUCCACAAGUCGUUAUUGCCGCAGGUGCCACUGGUAUAAGGGACGUGGUGUCUGUUCAGAACCUGUCCGGGGUCCUGAAGGCUUACGCAAAGAGUGUGGAUCACGUCUUCUACAUGGUCGCUGCGAUGGGAGUGUGUGGAUUUAUCUUCUCUUUUGGUAUGGGUUGGAAAGAUGUUCGAAAGAAAAAGCCUGCAACUGAACAGGUUUGAGGGAUUGAGUCGAUGAAUUUUCUCCACUCACUGCUUGAUGAAAGCGCUUCAUUGAUACUGCGUAUAAUAUAGGGACAUUUACAUGAUCAUAGAAUAAGGCUCGUAAUGUAGAGAACGCGAUCAGUG